AUGGCCAACUUGGUCGGCAUGAUCAUCGGAGUAUUUGCCAACGGUUACUGCGCAGAUCGAUGGGGCCUGCGAAAGGUCAUGAUGGCUUCGCAUGCUGCCUUGAUCGGCUUCAUUUUCAUUACAUUUUUCGCGCCAUCUGUUGAGGUUCUGACAGUUGGAAUGCUCUUGUUAUCCCUCCCUUGUGGUUUCUUUGCCGCCGCGACCCCUUCUUACGCCGCUGAAGUUAGCCCCCCUCAACUCAGCGGUUACCUCACGGUCUAUGUCAAUCUCUGUUGGGUUAUGGGAAAGAUACUGGCCUUUGGCGUCUGGUCCGGCACACGCAGGAUAGAGGGUGAAUGGUCCUACAGGAUACCUUUCGCGCUCCAGUGGAUAUGGCCUCUGCCUUUGAUGAUAGCCACAUACCUAGCUCCAGAAAGCCCUUGGUGGCUUGCAAGAAAGGGGCGAAUUGAGGAGGCUGAAAACAGCCUCCGCAGGUUAGUAUCUGCGCCCAUUACAGUCAUUGAUCCCAAAGAUUCUCUUGCCACAAUUCUCCGUACAAUUGAGGCGGAACGCCUGAUGAGCAUCCAAGGGUCAUAUUUGGACUGCUUCAGAGGUGACAGCCUGCGCCGGACAGAAACUGCUAUGGUCAGCUGGGGCUGCCAAAUCCUGCCCGGAUUCGCCAUCCAAAACUACAUCACCUACUUCUUUACCCUUGCUGGCCUCGACUCGUCGGACUCCUUCAAUCUGUCAAUAGGCAAUGCUGGUCUUGCGUUCGUAGGAACAGUGUCGUCGUGGGCUUUGAUGACAAAAUUCGGUUGGCGUACGAUGUAUCUUGGUGGGCUAAUUGCCAUGUUCCCGGUCAUGUCUCUGGUCGGUUUCCUUGACUUGUCAACAAACACGCCUUCCGGAGACAAUGUGAGAUGGGCCCAGUGCGCCAUGCUUUUGGUCUGGUUCUUCAUUUAUGGUGCAAGCAUUGGACCCGUACCUUACGGCAUCGCUGCCAAUAUUGGUGCAACCAAUAUCAGGGUAAAGACAAUCUCGCUUGGGAGGAACACCUAUUACUUUCUUUCAAUUAUCAACACCAUCGCAUCUCCGUACUUGUUGAACCCACAAGAGGCUAAUUUGAAGGGAAAGGCAGCCUUCCCUGCGGGGGCGUUCACGUUGCUGUUAAUCGUCUGGGCUUUCUUUCGGCUACCAGAGAUUAAGGGCAUGUCGCCCGAAGUUCUCAAUCAGCUAUUUGAGCAGAAAGUCCCCGCAAGGAAGUUUUUACAAGAAUCAAAGAAGUAUCGAUGA